AAUAAUAAUUGAAAAUUUUAUUACUAUGUAUAAUUAAUACAUUAAAUUUAUUUCAAUUUAUAAUAAUAGAUAAGUACUUAGUACAUACUUAGCUGUUAUAUUUUUUUAUUUAUACAUGAUUUAAAAUCAUUUAAUUAUAUGUUGUUACCGUUUAUGCAUUUAAACAUGUAAUUUUUAGUGAAUUAAGUUAUUGUAUUUUGUUAUUUUAUCUUAUUUCUGUAUAACUUUGAUAAAAUAAUGGCGACUUGGGAAGAUCUUAGAAAACAAGCCAGACGUCUAGAAUCAGAAAUUGAUUCUAUGCUUGUGUCUUUAAGUAAAAUAAGUACUAAAAAUCCAAUGAUGUACAAUGAUGAUGAAUCACAAAUGUUGUUAUCUGAUGACAGAUUUGAUACAGCUACUUCUGAAAUUGAAGAACUUUUAACAAAACUUAAUAUUGUGAAUGAUAAAAUGGAAGAAUGGAAUAACAACAAAGAACAUAUUAGCGUUUCACAAAAUAUGCAUACUAUUCAACGACACAGAGAUAUAUUACAAGAUUAUACAAAAGAAUUUAAAAAAAUACAAUCAACCAUGCGAGCUCGAAAAGAAAGAGAGGACUUACUACAUAGUGUUAGGCAAGACAUCGACGGAUAUAAAAAUUCUGGAACAAAAAAUCGACGAAUGGAUUUAUAUGUCAAAGAACAUGAACAUGUUCGCAAUUCUGAUCGUAUGAUAUCUGAUCAAAUUUCUAUAGCAAUAGAUACUAGAGAACACCUAAUAUCACAACGUCAUCAUUUUAAACGUUUACAAUCAAGAUUACAUGAUUUAUCUAGCAGAUUUCCAGCUCUAAAUAAUCUUAUACAAAAAAUUAAUGUAAAAAAAAAACGAGACUCAUUAAUUAUAGCUGCAGUUGUAGUUUUUUUCACCUUUAUUAUUCUUAUGUAUAGUUUUCAUUGAAAUUAAGUAUGACAAUAUUAAUUCAUUUUUUAUAAUACUUUA